AAGUCAUCGGACCUGUCAAUCAUCCGGUCGGCGUCCUUUGAAGUCGAGAGUCCUCGCCUUGUCUUGGGCUCAAAUGAGCUGUUUGCUGGAGUAGGGAAACAUUAGUCCUCUACCAGCCAGCCGGGGGACGCCACAGCUCAACUUUUUUUUUUUUUUUGUUGCAUGCGGUGGGGGUUUCUGCACUUUGGAGGCGUCGCACGCUGAGGAGAUUUAACAGAAAAGUCCUUCUUUUCUUUAUUUAUACUUUUUUUUGUUGUUGUUGUUGUUAUACAUAUAUAUAUUUUUUAAAAGUGUAUAAUAUCGCGGGGGUAAGUCGACAUGCCUCAGCUCAGCAGCGGCGGCGGGGACGACCUGGGAGCGAAUGAUGAGAUGAUAGCGUUCAAAGACGAAGGAGAGCAAGAGGAGAAAAUCCAAGAAAACGCGUUCACGGAGAGAGACCUGGCCGACCUCAAGUCCUCUUUGGUGAACGAGUCGGAAAUAAAUCAAAGUCCGAACGCAGCGGCGGUCAGACGGGGACAGCAAGGCGAGCAGAGGGGCUUCCCAGAGAAACACCGGGAGCAUCUCGACGGUGUGUCGAAGCAGCAAGAUGGAGGCAUGUACAAGACGCCGGCGUACCCGGGGUAUCCGUUCCUGAUGUUGCCUGACCCCUACCUCCCCAACAGCUCGGUUUCACCAUCUUCCAACAAAGUGUCGGUGGUGCAGCAGUCUCACGGGAUGCAUCCGCUGACGUCCCUCCUGCCCUACAGCAACGAGCACUUCAGCCCGAGUCCUCCACACUUGCCCACAGACAUGAGCCAGAAGACAGGCGUUCACAGGCACCAGUCCCAGGACCUCUCAGGGUACUACUCCCUCCCUCCAGGCAGCGUCGGCCAGAUCACUCCAUCCAUGGGCUGGCAGAGCCAGCCAGUCUAUCCUGCCCUGUCCUCCUGUGGAUUCAGGCAGCCCUACUCCUCCAACCUCCCCAGCGCCUCCUCCUACUCCAGGUUCCCUCACUCUCUGAUGCUGGGCCCAUCAGGCAUGCAUCCCACAGGGAUCCCCCACCCAGCAAUAGUGCCCCCUUCAGGCAAACAGGAGCACGAACAGUAUGACAGGGGCAUGUACGUGAAGCCGCAAGUGGAAGCCAAGCGGGAGAAGGAGCCCAAGAAGCCAGUCAUCAAGAAACCCCUGAACGCCUUCAUGCUCUACAUGAAGGAGAUGAGGGCGAAGGUCAUCGCAGAGUGCACGUUAAAGGAGAGCGCCGCCAUCAACCAGAUUCUGGGACGGAGGUGGCACGCACUGACCCGAGAGGAACAGGCCAAGUACUACGAGUUGGCCCGGAAGGAGAGACAACUCCACAUGCAGCUCUACCCGACCUGGUCUGCCCGGGACAACUACGAGGCGGGCCUUAGCGGGGUCGCAGGGGAAAAGAGUAAAGCUGAUUGGGGCAAGAAGAAGAGGAGAAAAAGGGAGAAGCAGCAGGACUCCAACACAGACCCGGGCUCUCCUAAGAAAUGCCGGGCUCGCUUCGGCCUCAACCAACAAACGGACUGGUGCGGUCCCUGCAGGAGGAAAAAGAAGUGCAUUCGCUACCUUCAAGGAGGAGGCUGCCCCAGCCCAACUUCUUCAGAUUUAAGUGCUAUAGACUCUCCCCCCUCCCCUUCCCCCGCCCGCCACCGUCUGUACCAGCAGCAGCGCCCCCUCUCCCCGGUCUGCUCCCCAGCGCCCACCUCCCCAUCAACACGCCUCCCUUUGUCUCCGCCAACGCACACACGCUUACCCCUGGAGCAGUCUGCCGGCAAGCGCAGCGACCUCCAUCAGACCGCAAGCAAACACACCCACACACACCUGGAACUGUCCGGCAAGCAGACACACAGCUCGACGACGGCGCUGUCGGCCGCCAAGGCUGCAGGACUUUCUCUCAAAGUGCUAACAGAGACUCAGUGAUCGCGCCGGCCCACUCGACAUCCCCGACCCCGUUCACCUCCAGCUUCCUGCAGAGCCAUGAAGAUCAUCUUCCUCACAUGCCUUCAUUCUCACAUUCAUCUAUAACCUGUGGUCCUUUUGUCUGAUUUAAAAAAAAAAACAAAAAACAGGUGUGACUGAGGGUGGCAGGGUGGUGUAGUGAAGGUGACAGCGAGCAUCCACCCUGCUGGUUUGUUCCAGAGAAAGAUACUCUCAGUUCAGAGACCGGAUCCUCCCAAAGUCUGCAUUAAUCUAGACCAGAUACAUCAUUAUCAGGUCAACAAGGCCUCUUCCUUCUUCUCCGCAACGCUCACUGCUUAAAUUAAGUAUUCAGGUGAUCCUUGUCAACCUGAAAGUCUGAAAAUAUCACAGAACCACGUCAUUAGGGCUGCAACUAACAAUUAUUUUCAUGAUCUGUUGAAUAUUUUCUCUAUUAAUCAUUUAGUCUACAAAAUAU